GAUAAACUUUUAUGUGGCAUAAUAACUGAAGAUAAAAGGAAGAGGGGAAUUUGAUCUUGCCCGAACCAAACCCUAACUCUCAUUUCUUCCCUCUUCAGCCAGUGGAAUCUGCAGAGCAGCAAUCACCAGCAGUUUUGUAGCAUUUGUUUUGUUGGGGGCAGACCAUGGAUGACUUGUUUGAUUCUUCGUUGAACUUGGAGGACACCCAUUACAAGGAAGGCUACGAUGAAGGCCACAGUCACGGCCUUGUCGCUGGCAAGGAAGAAGCCAGACAGGUUGGCCUCAAGGUUGGUUUUGAGAUUGGAGAGGAGCUUGGUUUCUAUAGGGGUUGUGUUGACAUAUGGGCUUCGGCACUUCGGCUUGAUCCGACUUGUUUCUCUCCACGGGCCAAAACAAUUAUUGGCCAGAUGGAGGAGUUGAUUGGGAAAUACCCUCUCAUGGAUCCGGAAAAUGUACAAGUGCAAGAGAUCAUGGAUAGCCUGAGGAUCAAGUUCAAGUUGGUUUGUUCUUCUUUGCAUGUCAAACUUGAGUAUAGUGGCUAUCCAAAGUCUUCUACAGAGGCCAAUGAUAUUCAGUUUUGAGCUGCUUAUGAUUUUUCAGUCUUCUAGAGAUACCAGUGGUAGAGAUACACUUAGCUGGUUAGAAUUGGAGCAGCUUGAUAAGGAAGUCGGGUGAUCUGCAAUACAAGGUGUGAAAACAAAGAUGCAGAAUAGAAAAUUGGCUUCUGGAAGGCCCUCUGGAACUGAUGGCUCUGAUUACUCCUUCCGGAUGGUUGUUGAUUCAAGGUAUCAACUAGUUGCAAAGGGGAAGAAACGCCUCUCUCUGCACUUUAUCAUCGAGGCUGCGUUGCUAUUUAUAGGAUCAAUAUUUGCAUAUUUUCCAGGAAUAGAAGCAGAUACUCCAAACACAGUGGCCUAUUCGUCUGUUUUUGUUAGUGUUGUUUCACUAAUCAUUGGGAAUAUAGGCAGAAGACGCAGUCGACCUGGUUUAUUGAGAUUUUAUGCUAUCGUAUCCUCCAUUGCAAUGCUUCUCUUGGUUGUUUCUCUUGCAAAGAAACAUCUGCUGCUAAAGGCCAUCCAGGAUUCUAAACUUUGGAGAGCAGGGAAGUAUGAUGUCAAUGAUCUAUCUCAUUUUCAAAUUGGCUUGGUGUUAUAUCUAGUCACCUUAUCUGUGCUCAAGCUUUGUACUGUCAAAGCAGUUGUUUCACUUCUUUUUAACAUGGCUCCACCCAAGAAAACCUCUUAGCCCCAUCAACUGUUAUUUGGGGUCCAAAUCCAAUUUUCUGUCAUUGAUCUUUAUGUGACUAUCUUUUCUGAGAGAUGUUGAGGUCAGCUGAGAGAUUUUACUGAACAUUUUUAAGACGUUUGUUAACUAUAUAGUAUUUUCUGAUAGUGUUUAUUUGUUUUGAGUA